CAGGCUAACGAUGACCUGGAGAGAUCCAAGAGGGCGACCAUCAUGUCUCUGGAGGACUUUGAACAGAGGAUGAACCACGUGAUAGAGAGGAAUGCCUUCCUGGAGAGCGAGCUGGAUGAGAAGGAGAACCUACUGGAGUCCGUUCAGAGACUGAAGGAUGAAGCCAGAGAUCUAAGACAGGAGUUGGCUGUCCAACAGAAGCAGGAAAGACGACCGUCCUUCGCUGUCACCAAAGACUCUUCCUCAGACAAGACUGAGGACAAAACAUCCCUCCAUACCUCCCAUUCAUCAACACGACCGCCUCAUCCCUCCAUACCGCCCCUCCUCCUGCUCUCCUCCAUCCCUCCUCUCCACGCCCUCCAGACCCCCCACCCCUCAGCAAGCCCCUUCACCACCCCCCCACCCUCUUACAGCAGAGGCGAUGGCCUAUCGGGUGCUCCUCUCACCACGUCGACACGUAUCUCAGCUCUCAACAUCGUAGGAGAACUGCUGAGGAAAGUCGGGAACCUGGAGUCUAAACUAGCGUCCUGUAGGGAGUUUGUCUAUGAACAGUCUCCUGGUCGCAGUACCCUCUCUGGAGGACAGGGGCGCCACCCAUCCAGAAGGCACUUCUUCUCUGACACACCGUCCACCACCAACGGACUCUACGAGAAGG